CCGAGCAGAGUACAGCAGUACCGCUGUUUUCACAGAGACUAAAGAAAGAUGUUGCGAAUGUUAUGGUUCCACCUGACUAUUGCCUUACAAGCAUCCCUAACAUCCAGUCAGUGGCCCUACCACCAGAUAUAUCCCCCAGUCAACGACACGGAUGGCCGGACACCGCUGUAUUUCGCAGUAGUACUUUCUUUUGGUUGGAGCAGCUACAAGAGCAUCGGAGCACUGCCGGGAAUCCAGAUAGCACUGGACUACAUCAACAGUGAACCCUCCAUCCUCCCUGGAUACAGUCUUCACUACACCCUCACAGACUCACAGUGUAGACAGGCAAACAGCCAUGCUGAGUAGUUCUUACUUUAGCCAGUUGAAUGAAUCCGCCUAUUAAGACAUAGGGUGGUGGGGUCAGCUGAUUCAACAGCAACAGAGCCACCAGCCGAGUGACCACUUUUACAACAUCACACAGGUAACUUGUGUAAGUUCGUCACCACCGAUCACCAGACCUGCAAUAAUAGAGAAAGAUUAGGUACUACUUCCAGCUUGUAGCCACAAAUCUGCUUGGUGCGCAUGGAUUUUUUGGAAUAAUUCAACAUUUGGUUGGAGGAAAGUCCGACUUGUUGCUCAGGAUGAAAAUGUCUUCACUGCAACUAUGGAUGUUUUGAAGGAUAUGUUAGAUAAGAAUGCAGUGGAGUACACAGAAGUACGGUUUAGAAGUGAGGAACUGUGCCAAGCAUUAACGCUUUGUAAGUUGUUUUAUUCCUCAGAUCUAUACUUUCCAGUAGCUAUAUAGUGUUAAAAAACAUUAAUUCGAGACAUUCCUUUCGAAUUUGAAACAAUUAUGAGAUGGUACUAGUUUAUGUGCAUUUGAUAUGAUCACCAGCAAUGUGCAUGUGUAUUAUAAGUGAACAAACCAUCAUUUUCUUAAGAACUCAGAAACAAGAAUAUAUGUGUUGGCAAUGGACAUUCCUCAUGCAAGGGAUGCACUUUGUGAGGUACGACAAUAAGUCAAGAAGCUCUUGUUGCUCUAGCAAGUCAUUGGCUGCAGGCAUACAGACGUGGAUUUCAUUAUCCCAAGUAUGUCAUCAUAACUUUUGGCGGGUAUGUCAGACAGUGGUGGGAGAUGGAUGCACCAUCCACCAACUGCACGGCUGAGGAGAGAGACCAGUCCUCCUCUAUAGCUUGGCUGCUGUUCCAUCUCAGUUACCUAGAGAGCAAGAUGAAUACACAGCAGAACCAAACAUAACCCUUUCAGAAUUCAACUCACUUUACCACGAAGUUGUGAGGAGGGGCAUCAAUAGCCAGAACAAUUUGGAAGAGUUCACUGACUACAUUUUCCCUUAUGCCUACCAGUGCAAUGAAGCCACCCUUGCUUAUGCUUAUGCCUUAAGCAAAACAAUAGCCGAUCUUGCUGAGAAUGAGACGCUAAACAGAGAAGCUGCAGAGGAAAGUGGUCUUCCUGAAGGAGAGACCUUCACAAUGGCCAACUUCACCUAUGCCAACUCAGCAGUUGUGUCUCGGAUGUUUGAACACCUCCAGAACACCAUGUUCCCCGGAAUAAGUGGUAACGAUGUGAGAUUCAAUCAUGAAGGAAUUCGUGACAUUGACCAAGUGAGAAUUCUGCAAUACCAAUUAAAUGAUGAUGAGAUAAUUAUACGUGUUGAAGUUGGGGAAGUUGUAAAUGUUGGAGAUUAUAGUACUUUUCAACAUACAAAUGACUCUUUUCUCUUUCCUGACGGUGUUCCUACUGACGGAGUGCCAAUUGAGGAGGUGGUGACAGUCACCAUAGGUCUUACCGUUGUCUACGUGAUUCUUGCUGCAGCUGGACUUGUCUUUACCAUCAUUUGUCUUGUUUUCACCAUCUUCUUCCGAAAUGAAAGAUUGAUUCGACUCUCCAGUCCAAACCUUAACUACAUGAUUGGACUGGGAGCUAUAGUUCUCUACAUAAAUGUCAUCAUUCUUGUCAUCCCUGCUAAAGACACGAACUUAGCUGCUGUAAUAUGCAAUGUCAAUCCCUGGCUGAUAUCUCUAGGGUGUUCUCUUUGUUAUGGGAUUAUCAUAAUUAAGAUGAUAAGAGUUUGGGUUAUAUUUAACAGACCUCUUGAAUUCAAAGCACGACUGUUCAGGGACUAUCUGAUGACACUGUUUGUACUGUGUCUGGCCAUCAUUGAUGUAGUCAUUCUUCUGCUUUAUACUGUGAUUGAAGCUACCCGAGAUAAUCUUGGAGUAAAACUGACAUCUAACAGAGAACUGCCAGAAGAAACAUUUGGAGUGACAGCUGAGCGUCACAAGUACUCUCUGUACAUUUGUGAAUCUAAAGGACAAGUGUAUCUGUAUGCAAUUCUGUUUGGAUACAAAGGCAUUCUGCAAGUCCUGGCUCUGCUCCUGGCUUUUCGUACUCGCAAUGUGAAGGUGAAGGGUCUGGAUGACUCUGUGUACAUUGCUGCCUCUGUGUACGUCACAAGUAUUGUGUUGACUGUCAUCAUUGUCUCCACCUAUACUCUGAGGGAGUAUGUGAAUGCCUUCCCAGCUGUGGUGGGAAUGGGAUUACUGCUGGGAACCACCACGAUCAUCGGACUUGUCUUCAUACCAAGGAUGGUAGGUCUGUAUAAGGACCCCAAGGGAGAGACAAUCAGUACACAGGGAACAUCUGGUCUGAGGGAUGAUUUAGCUUCUGACAAAUCAUCGGAUACCGAGCUAAAGAUGCUUCGUCACAGGGUUAUUCAACUUGAAAAUAGUCUCAGGAAGCAUGGUGUAGCUGAUACUGACAUGUUGGAGGAAAAUGUGGGGCAAAGUGACACGGAGAAUACCAUAUAAAAAUUAACGAUGAUGGAACUCAUUAUAGUGUUGUAAAUAGAAACUGGUAGCUAAGUCAUUUAUGUCAAGUACUUUUGUAUGUAUUUUCGUGUGUACUUUUACUCUAUGCCAGGGAGGAAUGUCAUAGAUAUGCAUUCAUGCACUGACUGGUUGUUAGAUACUGUUGCAUCCCUUUUACUUUAUUUAUACUUCAUUUCCUGUGUGCGUAAAGGUACUUUACCAAUAAUACUGUCAAUGAAUGCUAACUUAACCCAUGAAACACAA